AUGGACUGGUUCGAAAAGAUAUUCGUCUUUUUCUACCCAUUGAUCAAGAACUGGGUCAACUUCUGUGGUAUGAAGUUAUGGGUAAGUUAUUGUUAGCUUUGUUGAUUUUUAGAUACAUAUCAAGGGUAUAAUUGUCCUUACGGCACUCUUAAUGUCUUUUACUAUUAGGUUGAACCAAAAGUAGCGGGGCACUUUCAACUGAAAAAUAAAUUAAAAGUGUCCCACAACUUUUGGUUCAACGUAAUAUAAAUUAAUCUGAUAUUACGUAAAAUAGUAGUCUCUUUCACAUAUUACUUAAAGUUUUCGGUACUACAGCUUCCUGAAAUUAAAUUUUUUUGGCUUUGGCCUAGCUCUUGUUUGGUUUUUUUUAAUUUUAGUUUUGGUUCUGGCUACAGCUCUAAAGCCGGAGUCGCUCCGGGGGUCUUUAUUACAAAUCUUUAAUAUUUCUGGAUCUGAAUUCAGCUCCGAAGCUGUAGCUCCAUGGCUUUUUAGUACUGUUAUUUGACGUUUUUUCCUGGCUUAAGCUCCGGUGUCGAAGAUGCAUUGGAGCCGAAGCCGAGCCGACUUUCCAGCUCUUGAGAACGCAGUUUACAACGCUAGCAAAUUGACUUGUAAUAGAAACUUUAUUAAAACCUAUCUAAUAAAUAGUAUAACAAUUGACCUGUUAUACAAAUAGUUGAUUGUGCUCUUCAGUAUCAUAUUAUACCAAAACCCUUAAUUUCCAGAUUAAUUUCUUAAUCAAAAACCUUACUUUCAGACCUUCUCCAUGUUGCUAGCAGUGUUUGCGUCGUUCGAAACGUUGGGCUUGAUUGUUUUCUUCUCCGCCAUCGAAUUCGAUACGGUCUCUUUUGUCUUGGGCUUAACUAAUUUGGCUAACAUAUUACUAAUAAUUGGAUCGACGCGACAAUUCAUUUGGUUACAGUUGUUUUACUGUGGUCUACAGGUAGUUUUACAGCAUUUUUUAUUGAAAAAACAAUAAAAAAUAAAAAAAUAAAAUUACAAAAACUUUGUUUACAUUUUUUUUUGAAAUUGUAAUUUAAAAUUUUAGCACUUUGUGUCACUUUUCAAGGCCUCUUUGUUUGGCAUAACCUGGUUCAUCCUCAAUAUUCUCGACUUUUUUGGUCUCGACAUUCAAAACAAUUACAUCUACCCAGACUUGUUCGUGUUUCAUAAAGGAUUGGCAAUGGGAAUGGCAGUCUUCUUCAUCAUGGAGACCUUCUUUUAUCAAUUUCAUAUUGCCAUUGUUUAUCGCAACUGUAUAUUGUUGGAGACAAUUCAUCAACAUAUCAUGGAGAAUCGGCAAAGACAGGUGGAAUCGACUGGUCGACGAAAUACUGGCAAUUCGUUUGAUACGUUUUAUGAAGAUGUACGAUAA